UAUGUUUCAUAUCACGUGUAGAUAUUCUCAAUAUGACAAGGAGAACUGAAUCAGUAAAGCAAACAUGCAGUGGUCUAUGGGCUUGUUGGACAAAAAUGUAAAAGUUGAGACAGUGAACGACUUUGAGCAGCUGAGUGAACAGAGAAGACUUUUUGGAGCUAAAUAACUAAAUGUAGCCUUCGGCUGCGUUUCUCGACUCCCUCAUCAGGAAAAACAAGCAGCGUGCAGACUCCUCCCCGUGACCUUUGGAAAAUCUUUCAAAGUUUUUCAUUCUGUUGAGCACCUACUGAGUUACAUGUUCCCUCCUCCUCAUCUCAGCAACAGACGUAGCAGAAGUCAAUCCACAUUCUUUAUUCAUUUCAGAAAUGCUUGACUCUUGGGUAUUUCUGCUUCUCCUUGUCCCAGGGGGGCGGAUGUUUAUGAUCCAUAACACGCAGCAUGGCCUGUGUCUGGAGGAGUCAGCUGACACUGGUCAAGUUCUCCUGAAACAAUGUGACCUGGACUCUCAGGCUCAGCAGUGGCUCUGGAUCAACCAGGGCAUGCUGAUGUGUGUCGGAUCCUCCAGGUGUCUGUCGGCUCAGCAGAACCAUCCGGUCCAAACCCAGGCCUGUCCGGGGUCAGACCAGGAAGCUCUAGAGUUGAUGUGGGACUGUAGCAGUAACAGACUCAGCAGCAGAAACACGUCCUUACUGCUGUCCACCGACGGCCAGCGUGUGAUUCUCACAAACCACCUCAAGCACUUUGAGUGGAAGUCUCUUGACGAGGUGGACGUCUGUCAGACGAGCCUCCGGCUCCGGAGAGCGUCUGAGGACCAGGACCCAUUAGAGAAUCAGGAGGAGGCAGCAGACGGGAUGAAAGGCAUGACAGAGGAGCAGAGAGAGUAUUUCCGCUGGUUCUACCGUACCGAGGACCCAACUAUUUGGACAUUUGUGCUUUUGGUUCUGGCUUUUGUCUGUUUGCUCAUCGGGUUUUUGCUGCUGGGAAUGGGAGCCAUGGCUAAUAAGAGCAGAAAGAAGAUAGCUAAAUACAAAGCCCAAGCAUCCCUUGUUAAGAGGCAUGAAGGUGAAGAGCUUCAAGUCGUUUCUGCUCAUCGGGAUAACGGCACAUCUCCGCUGCCCCAGGGUCACAUGUCGUCCAUGUCUGAAGGAGACACAAAGGAACUGAAAGCAGGGGACAUUGUGGUCACAUGGAAAGAUGGCAACACUUCCUGCUUGUAUCCAGAUCAUGUUUUAGAGGAGAGUCAGGAGGAGCUGGAGAAGGAGCAGCAGGAGAAACAGGAGGAAGUGUGGCAGGAACGAGAGGCUCAUGAUGAGGGGAGGAUGACAGAGUGAAUACUGGUCUGUCCCUCAGCUUUCAAAGGGAUCCACCAUUAGUUGUAACAAUAGACUUUAUUUGAGAAAUAUUCAUUUAGAUAUAAAAACAAUACAGUAAAAAUACUGCUUUUAUAAAUUUAAAUAAAAUAUUGUCACAUGGAUGUUGCCAUAUUGUUUACACUGCAAUGCAUUGUGGGUAAAUGACAUUCGCUUGGUCCAGUUGUGCUAGCUCCGUCCAGCUAAAACAGAAAUGAGUAACAUUAAGACUUCUCAAUUUGAAAUGGAGUGCAUUGAAAUUGAUGGGGAUGUAGAAAUCACAAGAAAUAAUGAAGAUGAGGAGAAACAAACAGAGGAAGAGGACAGAGUGACUGAAGAAGCUGGUCCUUGUGCUGCUGCCACCGUCAGCUUCAUAAAUGAAACAAUAAAUGCUCAGACUGUGUGAUCCAAUAAGUAGUUGAGGUGCUCUGUAGCAGGUCUGUGGUUUCACAUUUAGCACCAGCAGCAGUAGCAAUAGCUUCAUUAUCUUUUCAAAUAGCUUCCAGCACCAUUUCUCCCAGGCUCUUUUUGCUUGCCAGCUGGCAGCGGGAUUUAGGUGCUUUGUGGAUAAAAACUGUUGUCACUGCAUUUGGUUUUAGCUUGUGAAGGUAACCUGCUAGAUCCUUCAUCAGUUUUGCUCAUACAAAUGAUUCAGUGUUCUGGAGAGAAAUGCUGGGGCACAAUUGUCUCCUUCAGAAGUUGUGUUCAGCUCUUUCCCAUUGUGCUCUUUUUUGUAUGUGGGAAGCAAAGCAGACUCACCUCAUUACUUUUUUUUUAAAUUACAGCUAACUGCGACACAGUGUCGCACUGUCUAAAAUUACACCAAACGCAAUAUGAUAAAUAACAACUUGGGUUAAGUUAGCCUUCCUGUGUUUACUCUCAGAUUCCAGUACAAAAUGGACCAACCGCAUCAUCAAACCUGCAAGGUGAAAAAUGGCGACCUCCAUGGGGAAAAAUAUAAUGAUAGAUCUAAAAAUUUUUGAAGUAAUUAUGACUUUUUACAUAUCACAAACUGCAAUUUUUGAGUUAAUAGGAAAAAUGCAACAAAUUUAGGAUCACUUUAACGUUUCCUUUCAUUUAGAUUUAAGAAACUACAACGCUCUAAGGAUGUUUUUUCAACAACCGGGUGACUGACUACAUGCUCAGUACUCUUUGAUGUGAACUGUUCACAGAUCUUUAAAUCACUUCAACCUCUUCUGUUUCUGUCUUGUGUAACCUUGACCCAAUGAUGACUGCUGCCACAAGCUCACCUGAAACCACUGCAGGUCUUAAUGCAGCCAAGGUGGUGAAUGAAUCAGUGUCAUCCGGUGAGAUUCAUGACUCCUCUGGAGUCAGGUGUACAAAUAUUUAAAACCCAAAAUAGAAGCUGAGAUUUAAAUUUAGCUCAUAUUUUGGCCUUAACUUAAACAUUUAGUUGUAUUAAAAGCUUUCAGUUGUGCUUUAAUCAAUUCUAUACAUGAUAACAACACUAUAGCAAGAACAACAGAAUACUAUUUUAUAUAAACUGAAAUUAGAUUUUUUUUUGGUUGAUUCCUUUUAAACUAAAAUUUAAAAUGAUCUCACUAUGUUUUAAUAUAAAGUCCAUUCCCACAAAUAUUAGUGUCACUUUUGCAAAAAUUGUUCAUUUGCCUUCAUUUUUAAAAAUCUGGCAGCUUUAAUGGAGCUGAUCAGCAUGGAUGAGAAUCAUUCUGGAAUAGUUCUAUUCCCACUGAGUGUUCUUGUACUUUUCCUAUUGCUUUCAGUCUUUUUAAUUUGUUGUUUUGUGUCUAUUUGGUUCAGUGCCUCACCACCAUCAGUGGGACAUUGUACUUUCUGCGUCAUCUUAUUCAUUUUCACUGCUCAUUUGUGGCUGAGCAGAAGGACUAAAUAUACCACUUUGCUGCCAUAUAAUGGACUGAGUCAGCUAAAGUAUGUCUAAUUUCACAACUUUCCAUCCUGUAUAUGGUAACUUGUAUGUGCUAUAUUCAAAAUCAAUUUACAAUCUGCUUGACAGUAAAACUGCAACAUUAGCAGUAA